CUGCUGACCAGCAGGACAACACGGUUCUCAGACUUUUGAGACUUCCCUGAAAUCUCUGAAACUGUGAAACGAGAGACCGUCUGAAGCAGAAGCCUAAACAUGCAUCGAGAAGGAUUUUUCUUGACACUUUGGGUUCUUAUUGUUCAAAGUGCCUCAAAAAAUUGCAUUCUCCGCUCUCAAAUCCACGUGGUCGAGGGAGAGCCUUUUUAUCUGAAGCCCUGUGACACCUCUGCCUCUGUGCACAAGAAUGAAGCAGCCAGCAUCCGGUGGUUCAAAGACAGUGGCCCUCGUGGAUAUGAGGAGCUGACCGCUGAAAACUCGUCCAGGAUUACUCUUCACAGUAAUGUUUUGGAAUUCUGGCCAGUUGAGCUGGAUGAUGAGGGAACAUACUCUUCCCGAGUGGGAAAUGAUAAUCAGACUUGGACCUUAAAUGUCACCAAGAGAAACGCACACAGCUGCUUUUCUGAAAAGCUGGUGAGGAGUAGAGAAGUGGAAAUCGGGAAAUCUUUGUAUAUACCUUGUGAAAACCCCAACUACAGUGAGCAGAUCAACCGCACGUCACUGUAUAAGAACUGUAAAGAAAUAUUCAAAACCCAAAAGAUCCUGAAGAAUGCGGAGUUUGGAGACGAGGGUUAUUACUCCUGCGUGUUUUCUGUCCACCACAAUGGGAAGCAGUACAACAUCACCAAGACCGUCAACAUCACAGUUAUUAAAGGAAACAAUAAAAUAAUCCCAGCUAUUCUGGGGCCGAAGUUGGACAUUGUUGGAGCAGAGCUAGGAAAAGGUGUGGAACUUAGCUGCAUUGCUUUACUGAAUGAAAAUGAUCAGCUUUAUUGGAGCCUCGGGAAAGAAGACAGAUCAGACCCUAAUGUGCAAGAAGAUGAGAACAAGACGACUUGGACUUCUGAAGGCAAACUGCAUGCUUUAAAAACUCUGAGGAUUCAGAGGAUUACUGAAAAGAAUCUCAAUGUUCUGUACAAUUGCACCGUGACCAACGAUGAAGCCACAGACACCAAAAGCUUCAUCCUGGUGAGAAAAGAAAUGGCUGAUAUCCCAGGCCACGUUUUCACGAGGGGAAUAAUUGUGGCAGUUUUCAUCUCCGUGGCAGCAGUUUCUGUGGUGGUUUUGUGUGUCAUCUACAAAGUUGAUUUGGUUCUCUUCUAUAGACGCUUACUGGACAGAGAUGAAACCCUAACAGAUGGUAAAAUGUACGAUGCGUUUGUGUCUUACCUGAAAGAGUGUCAUCCUGAGAAUGGAGAAGAAUAUGCUUUUGCUGUGGAGACAUUACCCAGGGUCCUGGAGAAACAAUUUGGGUAUAAGUUGUGCAUAUAUGAAAGAGAUGUGGUGCCUGGCAAAGCCAUCGUUGAUGAGAUCCAUUCGCUGAUCGAGAAAAGCCGCAGGCUAAUCAUUGUCCUAAGCAAGAGCUACCUGACCAAUGAAAGCCGGUUGGAACUCGAGAGUGGCCUCCACAAAGCACUGGUGGAAAGGAAGAUUAAAAUAAUCCUCAUUGAGUUCACUCCGGCGAGUAGUGGCUCCUUUCUGCCCCCGUCGCUGAAACUCCUGAAGUCCUCCAGAGUUCUGACCUGGAAGGCGGACAAGUCACUCUCACAUAACUCCCGCUUCUGGAAGAAUCUUCUCUACCUGAUGCCUGCAAAAGCCAGCAGGCCGUGGAGAGAAGAGUCAGAGGCAAUGCCUGUGCUUUCAGCACUCUGAGCUCCUGAAAAGCUCAAUGUCGAAGGAACUGGCACCCUUCUAGAUACCUGUGUGUGUGGUUAUUCCCAACAGGGCGGUCAUUCGAAAGACUGAAUUCUGUUAGCAUCUCUCCCAGAAUGAGAUUUGCCAUCGGGUCAUCAGAGAUGAAACAAAACCUUGAU